AUGCCACAAAAAAAAAUUGGCGAGAAUAUUAGGUGUUCGUCCGGCCCUACAUACUUUAACUCUUCAGUUGAUAGAGAAACCAUUGAAAGACUAAAAAAUGCGGUUUUCAAACUCACUGAAGAGCUUGCUGAACAGAGAGAGGGCGCACAAGGAGGAGGAAACAUCAUCACAAAUCAGGAUGCUGCAGGAGCAGUUCAACUCUUUCAUUCAGACUGCAGGGAUUAUUCCUCUAUAUCCUGUGUAUGUGGAAGACCAUUGGGCUUACGAUUCGAUAUGAAAACAGGUGACCUAUAUAUUGCUCUUGCCUAUUUAGGACUCCAAGUUGUUGGACCAAAAGGCGGAUUAGCUACCCCAUUAGUGCAAAAAUUCGAAGGUAAACCUCUAAUCUUCACAAAUGAAGUUGAUAUUGAUGACCAUGACGAUGUGAUUUGCUUCACGGAUACAAGCACAAAGUACCAACGCAGGCAAUUUCUCGCCUUUUUUUCAAGUGGAGAUGCAACUGGCAGGCUAGUGAAAUAUGUUAAAGCAACAAAAAAAGUAACAGUUGCAUUAGGAGGCCUUGCUUUUGCAAAUGGUAUAGCUUUGAGUAAAGACAGGUCCGUUGUGCUAGUGGCUGAAAAUAGUAAUUUUAGAAUUUUAAGGUAUUGGCCUAAAGGCUCCCUUGCAAGAACACAUGAUACAUUUGCUGAGUUGCCAGGAUUUCCUGACAACAUCAGAAUAAAUUCGAAAGGGGAACUUUGGGUUGCUCUGCAAGCAAUAAGUUCAGUAUUGAGUAUUUCAGAUUCAGAAUCAGGAAAGCUCCCGUUCACCACGCAGCAAAUGGACGAAGGAAAUCUGCACCCUAAGGCGAUGAAGCUAAGUGAGGAAGGGCAAGUUUUGGAGGUUCUAGAAGAUGUUGAAGGCAAGAAGUUGAGGUCUAUUAGUCAAGUUGAGGAGAAAGAUGGCAAGUUGUGGUUUGGUUCUGUUGUGUUUCCCUUCUUGAGAGUUUAUGGAUUAUAAUUAUAUCAGUUAUCUAGAGACUGCCCUACGAGUAUGUUGCGAAUGGGUCUAGACUGUUGGGUUCAAAGUGCGAAGAA